AUGGAUCAACUUAAUGCUCGGGAACAACAGGAAUUUCAACAACUUGUUGAGAGAAAACAGAUGAAGGAUUUCAUGAGACUUUAUUCGUCUCUUGUCCAACGAUGCUUCAGCGACUGUGUGAAUGACUUCACAUCUAACACACUUUCUUUUAAAGAGGAAACCUGUAUCAACAGAUGCUCUGAAAAGUUUUUGAAGCAUAGUGAGCGCGUUGGUCAAAGAUUUCAAGAACAAAAUGCCCUUUUAAUGCAAAAGCAGCAAGGACGUUAA